AUGCAGCUUCUUGUUCAUUUAUUCGGUGGUAAAAUACAGGAGGGUGAUGUGGGUGAAUAUGGUCAGAAUUCAAUAUAUAUUGAGAAAGAUACCCCAAUAUUUAAGGGAAUGGGACCCAAGGAGACCGUAUUGUUGACCCACCGUGAUGCGGCAGUGAAGACCGGUGAUGAUCUGUGCGUCACUGCGCGAAGUGCCAAUGGCAUUAUUGCGGCGGUACAACACCUGAAACUCCCCCUAUGGGGAGUUCAGUUCCACCCUGAGGUUGAGCUGACGGUAAACGGGAAAACCAUUUUUAAUAAUUUCUUGAACCUGUGCGGCUGCAAAUUUUCGUAUACACUGAAGGACCGAGAGCAGCAGGCUAUUGAUCUGAUUCGUGAGCGUACCGCAAACGGUGAGAAAGUUUUAUGCUUGCUCUCCGGCGGUGUUGACAGCACCGUCUGCUCAGUUCUGAUGGUAAAAGCAUUGGGUCCUGAACGUGUUAUUUGCAUUCACAUUGACCAUGGUUUCAUGCGACUUAAUGAAAGUGAGCAAGUUAUGAAGACCCUGAAAAGCUUAAACCUUAAGGUUAAGCUAGUAGAUGCAAGGGAGGAGUUUCUCCAGGCGACAACCGAAAUGCCUGCAAAGAAGGGCCUAUCUUCUUACAUGACCCGAAAACUCUGCGAAACGGUGAACCCCGAAGAAAAACGAACCAUCAUUGGAGACACAUUUAUGAGGGUGUGUAAUCGUGUCAUCAAAGAAAUGAAUCUUGACGUGGAACACUUAAUGCUUGCACAGGGAACUCUUCGUCCAGAUUUAAUCGAAUCUGGCUCUGAACAUGCCAGCAAAACUGCUGACACGAUCAAAACACAUCACAAUGACACGGCCGUCGUGAGACACCUACGCAACACCGGUCGUAUUAUUGAGCCUCUUUGUGAAUACCACAAGGAUGAAGUUAUCCAACUUGCCAAAGUUCUCGGGAUCCCUGAAAGCUUGGCGGCGCGCCAGCCCUUUCCUGGGCCUGGACUUGCCAUCCGGAUUUUGUGCACUGAUGGUGCACUAUCUGAGGAUGAAAAAGUCGUCAGUAUAACAAGCCAAGUCAAGGAUAUCUGCGCUGGACGUGCUCAGGGCAUGAACGACUGCCUGAGGGGCGCGAUGAACACGAUGCACCCGUCAAUGUGUGUUCUUCCCAUCAAGACAGUUGGUGUACAAGGAGACAAUCGGUCCUAUUCUUAUGCGGCAGCGAUUUCAUUGGGGUACUUCCCUAGUGAAGAAGAAUGGAUAAAACUGCUAUGUAUCGCACGAUUCGUUCCAAUGCGUGUACGUGAGUUGAACCGCGUCGUUUACCUUUUUGGUGAGCGUCAAGAAGAGUCGCCGCGGUCUAUUACCCAAACGUUUCUUGUGCCGGAAGUCGUGGAUAAGCUGCGCAUUGCGGAUGAUAUUGUCAGCCGUAUUCUUUUGGAUCACUCACUGACUCGUAAGUUAAGCCAAGUUCCCGUAAUACUUCUUCCGAUUGGAUUUGGUAAGUCCAACAGCUACAGUAUUGUGAUCCGAACUUUUAUAACAAAUGACUUUAUGACCGGUGUGGCGGCCACGCCCGGCACGGACGUGAUGCCCCUGUCUGUGCUUGAACAAAUAGUCACAGAACUGUUGAAGCUAAGCUUCGUAUCACGUGUGAUGUUUGACCUUACUUCCAAGCCCCCAGGAACUACAGAAUGGGAAUAA